AUGGCCGAUGCAGAGUUGGCUAAACCUGUGGAUUGGCCGCCAUGCUCGGAUGAGGAGCGACAACGUAUUGAGAGCCAGACUCGUAUGGUUACGCAGGCAAAGUUUGGAUACUUGUGCCUCUAUCGGUAUGCGAGCGCCUCUGAGGUCGCUGCUAUGAUUCUCUGUUCACUCUGUGCGGUGGGCGCCGGCGUAGUGAUGCCUCUCAUGUCGAUUGUCUUUGGCAAUCUAUCAAGCUCCUUUGUGGGAAUCGAGAGCCAGCCAGUCGACUUUGCCGACUACCAGCAUCUCCUCAAUCGCUAUACGCUAUACUUUGUAUAUCUUGGUAUUGCCUCCCUGGCUACAGUAACAGCCAGUACAUUUGGAUUCAGCUAUCUUGGCUUCCGCUUGACAUGUAAAAUCCGUCAAGCCUACUUCGUCAGUGUCCUGCGUCAGAACAUCGCAUUCUACGAUCACACCGGCGCCGGUGAGAUUGCUGCACGCAUGACCGUGAAUAUCAACACUAUCCAGGAGGGAGUAUCUGAAAAAGUCGGGCUUACUCUAACGGGGCUGGCCACAUUCGUGACAGCCCUGAUCAUCGCAUUCCUGCGAUCCUGGCGGCUCGCACUGGUCUUGCUCUCCGUCGCUCAGGCUCUGGAGACAUCCUCGGCUGGUAGCACGAUUGCGCAGGAAGCCAUGUCCUCAAUGCGCGUCAUUAGUGCACUAGGUGCUCAGUCUCACUUUGAGAAGCAGUUCACGUCGAGUAUGGCUGCUAGCGACCGAUUUGAGCUGAAGUGGCGGGCAACGCUGGGAGUGCUCGUUGCUCUGAUGAUGUUCAUCAUGGUGACCCAGUAUGCACUUGCAUUCUGGAAGGGCCAUCAAUUUUUAGAGAACGGCGAAACCACUAUCUCCAGGCUUCUCACCACGAUAAUGGCCUCCAUGAUCGCUGGUGCCUCGUUUGGCCAUAUUCUACCACACCUGGGUAGCUUUGGUGCCGCUGCAGAAGCUAGUGGUAAAGUCUUCAGCCUGAUUGACCGCGAGUCGCCCAUUGACCCGGGAUCAAUGCAGGGUCGCCAGCCCUCCCAGAUUGACGGGACCAUCACUUUCGAAGACAUUACGCAUUGGUAUCCUUCUAGCAUGGAGGGUCCCCCGGUGUUGAACCACUUCUCAUUGCACAUCCCGGCUGGCAAGACCACUGCAGUCGUCGGGGCAUCUGGAUCAGGCAAGUCUACAUUAGUAGCCCUCCUGAUGCGAUUCUACUUACCGGCCAAGGGAGCCAUUCUGGUAGGUGGAAACGAUAUUGAGCAGUUGAAUGUGCGAUGGUGGCGGCAACAGGUUGCCCUCGUCAGCCAGGAGCCAGUCUUAUUCAGCGCCAGUAUUUUCGACAACAUCGCAUAUGGACUGAAGGAGGGUGAAAUUGGCGAACUGGACCGUGAAUCGCGACGGCAACGAGUGAUCGAAGCGGCUACGGCAGCUAAUGCACACGACUUUAUCUGUCAUCUUCCCCAGGGCUAUGACACAGUGGCAGGAGAGGGCGGCAUGCUACUGUCUGGCGGACAGAAGCAGCGAAUUGCAAUUGCACGCGCUCUUAUCUCGAACCCUCGCAUCUUGCUUCUGGAUGAGGCUACUGCGGCACUGGACAGUAUUUCAGAGCUUUCUGUGCAAUCUGCAUUAGACAAAGCGGCCCAUGGCCGGACAACCGUCGUCAUUGCCCAUCGUCUGUCCACUAUUCGAAAGGCGGAUCAUAUCGUUGUAAUGGCUGCUGGACAGAUUGCCGAGCAAGGCUCGCACGAUGAGUUGCUCGGGCAGCGUGGUAUGUACUUCUCCAUGGUCCAGGCCCAGCAAUUACAAGAAGCCCAAAGUCAAGAGCAUGCUGAACCAGAUCCCGUGCCUGUGGCACUACUCGGCAUAGAGGAGAGUAAGACGAUCGAUGGAUCCCGUAUGUCUAUUCUCGAUAAGCCGACCAGCAUCAUGGAGAAACAAGCUGUCGACGAGAUGGAUAGUAAUCAGGCCAUGAGGUCCCAGGGUCUACUCUCUUUCGUCUGGAGCAUGAGCAUGCCAGAACUCUAUAUAACUCUGGGAGGCUUCGUGAGUGCUGCGUUUGCAGGAUGUGUCUAUCCAGUCCUGGGAAUCAUGUUUGGAAACGUGGUAUUCGCGUUGACCCCGACCAGUCGUGGCGGCAGUACUUCAACCGUGAACUUCUGGGCGGGCAUGCUCUUCAUGCUAGGCAUGUUGGCGCUUGUCCUUUACACCCUGCAAGGUGUAGCGUUCGCUAUCACAGCUGCACGGCUGAUCAGUCGUAGUCGCAGCCGUGCCUUUGCCGCAGUGCUCCGGCAAGAUAUCCCCUUCUUCGAUGGCAACGAGGAGACCUCCGGCGCACUCGUUUCAUUUGUGACAACGGACAUUCAGGCAAUCGCAGGAAUUAGCGGUGCGACGCAAGGCGCUGUCGUGAACUUUGUCUGGACCAUCAUUGCCUCGAUCGUCAUUGCCUGCUCGUUCGGUUGGAAACUCGCUCUCGUCUGUACCUCUACCAUGCCGCUACUAGUCUUCUGUGGCUUUCUCCGGACAUGGAUCCUGACACGGUUGGAGCGUCGCACACGCCGGGGUACCUCCGCAUCGGUGUUGGCUUGUGAGGCCAUCAACGCGAUCCGGACGGUUGCUGCUUUGGCGCGAGAAGAGGCCUUGUCGCAGUCAUAUCGCGAAAGUCUAUUGAGACAAGAACCGAAGUAUCUUCGAGAUCUGCUGCAAUCGGCUUUUCUUUAUGCGCUCUCGCAAUCCCUUUCCUUGUUUGCGAUGGGCCUGGCCUUCUGGUACGGCGGGACUUUGAUCUCGCAUGGGGAAUACACGGUGAAGCAAUUCUUCAUCUGUUUUGUAUCCGUUAUUUGGGGCUCACAGGCAGCCGCGGGGAUAUUCUCCUUUGCCAACGAAAUUGGAUGUGCGCGUCAGGCAACGGAGCGAUUGCAGGACCUGCUGUCUCGAACACCUCCCAUCGACUCCUGGUCGUCCACUGGACUGCAGGAAGAGAUAAAGGGCGAUAUUGAGCUGCAUGAUGUGCAUUUCCGAUACCCAGGGCGUCCAGAACAGCCCGUUUUGCGCGGAGUCACCUUGAAGGCGAAGCGAGGCCAGUUUGUGGCUAUAGUUGGUGCUAGCGGCAGUGGGAAGAGUUCGAUAUUCGCUCUGUUAGAGCGAUUUUAUGACCUCGACUCGGGAACUGUGGCGGUCGAUGGUAGUCCAGUAUCUCAGUACCAUCUCCAGCACUAUCGCCGUCAAAUUGGCCUGGUUAGCCAGAAUACUGUGCUCUUUUCGGGAACGAUCUGGGAUAAUAUUGUGGCUGGAUUGGAUAACGUCAACCGAGACGAGGUGAUUCAGGCUUGCAAAGAUGCGAAUAUCUAUGAUUUUAUUAUUUCACUCCCAGAAAACUUCUCGACAUUCGUUGGAUCAAAGGGCUCUCUGCUUUCUGGCGGCCAACGACAACGACUCGCCAUUGCUCGCGCAUUGCUGCGACGGCCCAAAAUCUUAUUGUUAGAUGAAGCAACUUCCGCACUAGACUCGCAAACGGAACUUGCAGUGCAAGCAGCAAUCGACCGAGCGGCUCAUGGACGCACGACGAUCGCCAUUGCGCAUCGCCUCAGUACGAUCCAAAAUGCAAACUGGAUUUACGUCUUAGAUGGUGGACGGGUGGUGGAACGAGGUACCCAUACAGAGUUGAUGAGAACUCGAGGGAGAUAUUGGCACUUAGCCCAGGCGACAGCCACAUCUUCGUAA